ACGUCCGGCAAAUCAGGCUAUACACGCGAGUCAGGCUGCACUCCCGCCGGUGUGAUAUGUGGCGCACAGGACAGCGUAGAAUAUCCAGAAGAUGGAAUUUUCUUUUUGGCGCAAAAACUCGACCUUUACAUGUAGAAGUAAACGCAGCGAUGCCAUCAAAGUCUGCAGUUGCAUUAGCAGAGGUGAAAUACAAAGUUGGUGACAAGCUGCAUGGUUUCACUGUAAAGAGAGUUUCGAGUGUACCAGAGCUUCAUCUCGCUGCUGUCCAGCUUGUCCAUGAUGACACAGGAGCUGAGCAUUUUCAUGUGGCACGCGAAGAUAAUAACAAUGUGUUUGCUGUUGCAUUUCGAACUGUGCCGAUGGAUAGUAGUGGAGUGGCACACAUACUGGAACAUACAACCUUGUGUGGUUCUGAGAAAUAUCCAUGUCGUGACCCGUUUUUCAAAAUGCUUACACGAUCUCUGUCAACAUAUAUGAACGCUUGGACUUUUCCUGACUUUACGAUGUAUCCAUUUGCCACUCAAAAUGCACAGGACUUCAAGAACUUACUGGCUGUCUACCUAGACUGUGCAUUCUUUCCUACAUUGAGUGAAAUGGAUUUCAGGCAGGAAGGCUGGCGUCUUGAGCCAGAAGAUUUAGCAAAACCCGACUCUCAGAUUAUUUUCAAAGGAGUUGUUUACAAUGAAAUGAAAGGAGUGUUUUCAAAUGCAGAGAAUCUGUUUGAAACUCAGUUGCAGCGUAGCAUCUUGCCUAGUCAUACGUACUCAACGUCUUAUGGUGGCGACCCUCCUAACAUCCCAGAUCUAACAUGGUCUCAAUUGAGAGACUUCCAUUCACGCCACUACCAUCCAAGUAAUGCAAAGUUCUAUACAUAUGGCAACCAGCCUCUUGAAGGUCACUUAGAGGCUAUCAAUGAACUGGCUUUGCGGAGGUUUACAAAGGUCCAUACAAGCACUGCCAUACCAAAUGAAACGAGAUGGUCUGAACCACAAGUGCAAGAAAUGGCUUGCCCGUUUGAUCCAAUCGCUGCUGAUCCUGACAAGCAGACGACUGUUAGUGUUGCAUUUUUGCUUGGAAGUCUUGCUGAUAUGGAUCCUGCAGAGGUUUUUGUUCUCAACAUUCUCUGUUCUCUUCUCAUCAAAGGCCCAAAUUCUCCAUUUUACAAGUCUUUAAUUGCAUCUAAUAUUGGAUCAGAUUAUGCUCCAAGCACUGGGAUGCAUGGUCACACAAAGGACGCUUAUUUUGCAGUGGGUUUACAAGGUAUUUCAAGGGAUGAUGUAGAGAGAGUUCGAGAUGUAAUACGUCAGACAAUAGACCAAGUAAUCGAAGAAGGAUUUGAUGAAUCUCGAAUUGAGUCUGUCCUUCACUCUGUCGAGUUGUCACUGAAACAUGAAACAUCAAACUUUGGUCUCAGUCUUGUGUCAUCACUAAUGUCAAUGUGGAACCAUGGAGCAGAACCAACAUCAACACUUCAAAUAGGAGACCAUAUUGCAAGGUUUAAGGAAAACCUUGCUUUUCCAACAUAUUUGCAAGACAAAGUUAAGCACUACUUGAAAGAAAAUCAACAUAAUGUUACACUUAUUAUGUCUCCAACGGACGAUUAUCAGGUAGAACUGGAGAGGAAAGAAACUGAGAAACGAGACACUAUGUUGUCCCACCUCUCACACGAUCAGAAAAGUCGACUUUAUGCAGAUGCCCUUGAACUCCUUGACUAUCAGAGUAAACAGCAUGACAGUUCUUGCUUGCCAUCACUCACAGUAGCAGAUAUUUCUAAAGAAGGUCAAACUGUUACAAUGGAAGAUUUGCAGCCAAUGGGUAUUUCGCUGCAGUUCUGUCCACAACCAACAAACAAUGUCACAUAUUUUAGAGCAUUAUCAAGCAUAACAUCUUUGAAUGAUGACUUGAAGCCAUAUGUUCCUUUGUUUUCAUUUAUUGUCACGCGGAUUGGAGCUGGUAACUUUGACUACCAGCAAAUGGCUCAAGAGAUUGAACUUCGUACAGGUGGUUUAGGAGUAUCAGCUCACGUUGUGAGUAAUCCCAGUGACCUGAAUGCUUUUGAGCAAGGUGUAUGUUUUUCAUCAUUUUGUCUUGAUCGGAAUCUACCUUACAUGUUUUCUUUGUGGCAAGACAUCUUUAACUCACCUGACUUUCAAGAUGUUGAACGCAUUAGAACUUUAGUGACAAUGUUGGCUGCUGACAUGGCCAACUCAGUUGCAGAUAGUGGUCAUGCAUAUGCUAUGAGUUAUUCAUCUAGGCAUCUCACACCAGCUGCAGAACUGGCAGAGAGGUUUUCUGGAUUGCAGCAGGUUGCUUUUCUAAAAUCUAUUGCUGAUCAAGAUGACUUACAGCCACUCAUCAAUAAAUUAACACAGAUAGCAGUUCAUGUUCUUGACUGCACGAGCAUGAGAUGCUCAAUCAAUUGUGUUCCUGAACAAGCAGAUGUGAUAGGUGCUGCUAUGGAGGGAUUUCUUGAUGGUUUGCCAAAGAACAGAGAUGACCCCGAUGCACACGUGGAGAAUGAUGACUUCUUUCGUCAAACAGUUCAAAGUCAUGUGGUUAUGCCUUUCAAUGUAAAUUACACAAGCAAAUCUAUUCAGACUGUUCCUUACACUCACGAAGACAGUGCCUCGUUGAGAAUUUUAGCUCGACUUAUGAGUACAAAGUUUUUGCAUCGAGAAAUUAGAGAGAAAGGAGGGGCUUAUGGUGGUGGGGCUAGCAGUGGAUCAGGUGUAUUUCAGUACUUUUCAUACAGAGAUCCCAACGCUGUAGAGACUUUUGAUGUGUACAAUCAAUGUGUUGAUUGGGCUGUAGAAGGCUCUUUUGCUGACCAAGAUGUGGAUGAAGCAAAACUUUCUGUCUUUUCACAGAUUGAUUCUCCUGUUUCCCCUGGUACACAAGGGAUGACCAGGUUUCUGAAAGGGAUCACUGACCAACAGCAGCAGGAACACAGGAAACGUCUCUUUGAAACAACAAGACAGAGCCUCAUACAAGCUGCUGAAAGGUAUCUAGCUGCAGGGCAAAGACCAUCUGGAGAAACUAUUUUAGGACCAAACAAUGAGGAGACUAUGUAUGACUCUAGAUGGACUGUAAUAGGGGAGAUUGGGGGAACAUUAGAAAGUGAUGUAUAGAAAGGAUAUGCACAGCUUGAACUACACAGGAUGUCCGGUGUUUUAGCAUUGUUUGGCUUUUGUUACCUUGAUGACUUCAAGAAGUGACAGUGUACCUGCCACAGGAUCUAUAGCUGUGAGUACUGUACUCUAUUUUCAACUGUGGAUUAGGAAAUUUUGCAUAAUCAAGUGUUAAUUAAUGGCGUUUGAGAUCUGUGUUGUUAGUAUAUUCUGUUGGGAAUCUAUAGUUCAGUC